CAUCCCUCGGCAAUUUUUUUCUUCUGCUCUCUCAACUCAUGGCGAAGGACAAGUCAGCGCCCAAGGUCGACAAGGCGUCCAAGAAGGCCGAUAAGAAGGCCGACAAGAAGGUGGACAAGAAGGCUGCCAAGCCGGCAAAGAAGGCUGAAAAGCCUGCUGCGAGCCCACCCAAGCCUGUGGCGAAACCUAAGGAGAAGCCCAAGAAGCCCGCACCGAAGGAGCCAGAGUCGUCCUCUGACGAAUCCUCUGACGAGGAGGAAAAGCCCAAGGCUGCCCAAAUCAAGAAGGCCACCAAGGCCAAGGCUGCCGCUGACUCCGACUCGUCAGACAGCGACAGCGAAGAAGAGGCACCCAAGAAAGCUGCCCCUUCGCCUAAAAAAAAUGAAUCUGACAGUGACUCUAAACCUGCACCGACAAAAUCUGCCCCCACCAAGUCUGCCCCCACGAAAUCUGCUGCAACAAAAUCUGCUCCCACAAAAUCCACUCCAAAAGCCGCACCCCCAAAGCCAGAUACCUCUUCCUCUGAAGACGACUCGAGUGAUGAUGACGGUGACGAUGUCAAAAUGGCGGACGCUUCCAAGCCCAAAGCCGCUGCCGACUCCUCUGACGACUCCGAUUCAGAUUCAGAAGACGAGGCCCCGGCUAAAAAGGCAACUGCCGCAGUGAAUGGCAAGGCCGCCCCGAAUGGCAAGGCUGCGGCCAAAAAAGAGUCGGACUCCGACUCGGACUCUGACGAUUCGGAUGAUUCUGAUUCGGACGAGGAAAUGCCUGACGCGGCCGCUGCUCCCGUCACGACAAAUGGCAAACGCAAAGCCCCAGAUGGUGAUGCUGCCCCCACCAAAAAAGUCAAGCUGGCGAAUGGGACUGCCGCUCCCACUGGCGGUGAUGGCGAAGAAGAGAUAAAAUCCAUUUUCGUUGGCAGACUAUCAUGGAACGUCGACAACGACCGCCUGGCCCAAGAAUUCGCUUCUUGCGGUGAAGUCGUCUCUGCUGUUGUUGCGAUGGACCGCAACACGGGCAAAUCUCGUGGAUUCGGUCACGUGCACUUCACGACCACCGAAGCUGUGGCCAAAGCGAUAGAGAUGAAUGGUACGGAGAUCGAUGGGCGGCCAGUCAACAUCGAUUACGGUCGCCCGGCUGACAAAACCCAGGCUCGGGAAAACCGAGCCAAGGCGUUCAACGAUACCGCGAGCGAGCCGAGCACGACUUUGUUUGUUGGCAGCCUUAGCUUCAAUGCUGACGAGGACAUGGUCUGGAGCUUCUUCAGCGAACACGGUGGAAAUGUCAAGAGCGUGCGGUUACCGACCGACCGUGACUCGGGCAAGCCAAAAGGCUUUGGCUAUGUCGAGUUCGAGGACCUGGAGAGCGCUAAGAAGGCGUACGAGUCUGCUAGUGGGCAGGAGCUCGAUGGGCGGCCUAUCAGACUUGACUAUUCGCAACCACGUGAUGCGAAUGGUGGUGGCGGCAGAGGUGGUCGGGGUGGAUUUGGCGGUGGUGGGUUUGGCGGUGACCGUGGUGGUAGAGGCGGGCGUGGUGGAUUUGGCGGGCGUGGCGGUGGCCGUGGAGGAUUUGGAGGCGAUCGUGGUGGUGGACGGGGUCGGGGUGGAUUUGACAGGGGCGGUCGAGGCGGCGGAAGGGGAAGGGGUGGUGAUCGUGGGAGAGGGAGAGGUGGCGGUGCUCGCACUGGCGCAAUCGCUGCUCCCGAAGGCAAGAAAAUCACGUUCGACUAG